GGGCCCUCGGUCCCUUCCAUUCAACAGCUCGUCGUCCUUGCGGCCGUGGUGGCCUGCACCAAGGCUGGAUUCCUGGCCCCGGCAGGAGUCGCGUACUCAGCGCCUCUCUCGUACUCACCGGGACCAGCGGUUCACUCGGCGCCUCUCUCGUACUCACCGGGACCGGCGGUUCACUCGGUGCCUGUCGCCCACGCGGUCCACGCGGCUCCGGUCGCCUAUGCGGCCGCUCCCGUGGCCAAAGCCGUCAUCGCCAAGACCGUCGACGAGGAGUACGACCCCAACCCCCAGUACAGCUACUCGUACGACGUCCACGAUGGCAUAACCGGGGACGCCAAGACUCAGCAGGAGACACGUAACGGCGAUCAGGUUCAGGGCAGCUACUCCCUUCUGGAGGCCGACGGCACGAGGCGCAUCGUCGAGUACACGGCCGACCCCCAGAAUGGCUUUAACGCCGUAGUCCACAAGGAGCCCGCGACGGUCGCUGUCAAGGCCGUCGCUCCCGUUGUAGCCAAGGUUCACGCGGCCCCGGUGGCCUACGCCGCCCCCGCUGCCCCUGUAGCCUACGCCGCUCCUGCUGCCUCUGUGGCCUACGCCGCGCCCGCGGCACCGGUGGCCUACGCCGCCCCCGCAGCACCCGCUGCCAUCAUCAAGUCUCACAACUACUACUAAGCAUAUCGUCAUCAACAGUACAGCAUCUACCAGCAGCAGCAACAGCACAGCAGCGGCAGCAGCGUGGCACGUGAUCAUCUUGAUAAUCUUGCGACGCACAUUAAGGACAAUAAGGACUCUCUCUAAUCCUAUACCACGACUGAUUAUCAUAUUAUUUGCACUGCUGCACUUGUGCAGGGGUGACCGUUUUCGAUAGACUCUUUGUAUUUUUGUAAAUUAAGUUAUCCGACGAACUCUGUAAAUAUACUCAAUAAAAUUGUUCGAUACA